UCUUUCUCUCCUUAGAGGGGGCCCGCAAUACAUUCAGAAACAAAUGUCUUAUAAUUGCAGUGACUUGGAGCAAACCACUGUGACCGAGGAGACACCUGAAGGAGAAGAGCAUCCAGUGGCUGAUACAGAAAAUAAAGAAAACGAAGUUGAAGAGGUGAAGGAGGAGGGCCCGAAGGAGAUGACCUUGGAUGAAUGGAAGGCGAUCCAAAACAAGGACCGGGCAAAAGUAGAAUUUAAUAUCCGCAAACCCAACGAGGGCGCCGACGGGCAAUGGAAGAAGGGCUUUGUGCUUCACAAGUCCAAGAGCGAGGAGACGAAGGGGAUGACAGAGGUGCAGGGGAGCCCUGUGGAAUCAAAGGAGGCUCACACCGAAGAAUCUGUGAUGGAUCAUCACUUCCGCAAGCCCGCCAAUGAUAUCACAUCCCAGCUGGAGAUCAAUUUUGGAGAUCUUGGUCGCCCGGGACGUGGCGGCAGAGGCGGGCGAGGUGGGCGCGGACGUGGCGGACGACCCAACCGCGGAAGCAGAACUGACAAGUCCAGCGCUUCUGCUCCUGACGUAGAUGACCCAGAGGCUUUCCCAGCUCUGGCCUAAACUGGACGUCCUAAGCCAACCCUGGUUCCUUUGUGGACCCUACUCCACGAGGCUUGCAUGCUUAACGAUCCUAAACAACUAAGAAAUUUUAAAAAAAAGACUGUCAUUCAUACCAUUCACACCUAAAGACUGAAUUUUAUCUGUUUUGAAAAUGAACUUCUCUCGCUACACAGAAGCAACAAUAUGGUAGUCAGUUUUGUAUUUAGAAAUGUAAUGGUAGCAGGGAUGUUUUCAUAAUUUUCAGAGAUUAUGCAUUCUUCAUGGAUACUUUUUUGUAUUGCUGCUUGAAAAUAUGCGUUUCCAAACUUGAAAUAUAGGUGUGAACAGUGUGUACCAGUUAAA